UUGGCAGAUUGAAGGCAGCGGCCGUGGACGCGGCUCAUCAUCGCGUACUCCGUACCUGCAACAGCAUCUCCAAUACCUCCUGUGCUUUGAGCAAUACUGUUUAGCCUACAAAUCAACCCGACCACAACCACCACUCUUCAAUCUCUUGCGAACCUUUUUCAACAUAACUCGGCUGUCCUUCGACUUUCGUAGAUAUGGCUUCCGGUUAUGACCGUGCUCUUUCCGUCUUCAGGUAUUAUCACCAACCUAUCCCACCUUACAUUGCUGACCGAAAUAGUCCCGAUGGUCACGUCUUUCAAGUCGAAUAUGCCCUCGAGGCAGUCAAGCGAGGGACUUGCGCAGUUGGUGUCAAAGGCAAAGACAUUGUAGUGCUAGGAUGUGAAAAGAGAUCAGCAAUGAAGCUCCAAGACACCAGAAUCACACCGUCAAAGAUCGGUCUAAUCGACACAAACGUCUGCCUUGCUUUUGCUGGUCUCAACGCAGAUGCUCGGAUAUUGAUCGACAAAGCAAGGCUAGAAGCACAAUCACAUCGGUUGACGGUAGAGGACCCUGCCACAAUCGAAUACAUCACAAAAUACGUCGCUGGUGUACAACAGAGAUACACUCAGAGUGGUGGCGUCAGACCUUUCGGCAUCAGCACGCUUAUCAUCGGCUUUGACAAGGGUGACAAGGAGCCGAAGCUGUACCAGACCGAGCCAUCCGGUAUCUACUCUGCUUGGAAAGCCAAUGCCAUUGGCCGCUCGAGUAAGACUGUGCGAGAAUUUCUUGAGCGAAAUCACAAAGACGACAUGGACCGAGAAACCACCAUAUCACUGACUGUCAAAUCACUACUGGAGGUUGUGCAAACCGGUGCGAAGAACAUUGAGAUUGCCAUCAUGGCUCCAGGCAAGACCAUUGAGAUGCUGCCCGCGGAAGAUAUUGAACAAUAUGUGAAGACGAUCGAGGCUGAGAAGCAGGAAGAGCAGGCCAAGAAGAAGCCAGGUCGAGCAGCGGCGUCAGGCCCUGGCACAUCAACUUUGCCCACGAGACCUGUUGCUGAAGGAGAGGGCUCAGGCGACACCUGAUAGUGAUCGGAACACUCUUCAUUCGUCCUUUGCAUGAGCGACCGGAGUUGUGGCGAUAAAUGGAGCCAAAUCAGGCCUCGACCAUCUUGAUCCUUAGUCGUGUUUUGCUUCUUGUGCCUCUAAUGAUUAAAGGAAUCCCAAGCAGUCGGCAUGGCAAAUCAUGAUUGAGCAAUUCUAAAAUCUAGGCUGGCAGCAUCUGUCGGCAUAGUUCUCGAAGCGUGAUGGCUGAGUGACAAUCGUAGUCCACCUCG